GUGCCGCCGCCGCCGCCGCCGCUGCUUGAGACCUGCUCACCCAGGGAGGGAGGGAGCGGGGAGAUGUAAGGGUUCCCCUGCCUGCCAGCCAGCUAACCAACCAGUCCCCCCCCCCGCCCUCCUCACUCUCUCCGGAUUUUCUUUGCAAAAGGGAGAGGAAUCUGGCUGAUGCUGCGCCUGCUGUUUUAUUUCCCAUUCCUGCCCCAAAUCUUGUUUUGAUAAAAAACACGAGGUUUUAACCAGGAAGAGAGAGAUAUAUAAGCAAUCUUCUCAUAGCAACAAAAAGAGAGAGCUUCUUUCUUAUUCUUUUAUUAUUAUUAGUAGUAGUAUUUUUAAAAUCUCCGCGCCCCCAGUGUGGCGUCCCAUAAAAAGUGACGUCUCUCUCCCCCACCCAAGACAUUAUUUUUUUACUGCUGCCCCGUCUCACCCACUUCCACCGAGCCCCCCCUUUAUUAAGAACCCCCUCUGUGUGACUCUCUAGAGUUAACAACCACCCACCAAGUCCUCAUCACUCCCCCCCCCCCGGUCUUCACAACCCAGGAAGGAUUUUGGUGUGUGUGUCCCACCCUCGGCGAUGUGACCUAGCAACUAAAUAACCCCCGAAUUUUUUUAUUUUAUUUUACCAAAGAGAGAGAGAGAGUGGGGGUGGGAAGAAACCACCACCUCCUCUACUUCACUGACAUCUGGGGAGGGCCACGGCGCCGCAGCGGGUUCUCCUGAGCUGGGACCUUAAAAGAUGCUGUCGACCCGGCCACUGAAGGCGCCUGGAGAGAACUGACCCAACGCUGAAGGAAGGGAAGAUCUCGCCCCGCUUUUCGCGUUGUUGUGACUCUAUUUUUUUUCCCAGGGAGGAGGAGGUGAGGUUGUUUCCUUUCCUUCGCCCUCCGCAAAUUAACAACAACAACAACAACUUGGUGGGACCUUAAAAAUAAAUAAAUAAGCCCCUUCUCUCUCCCGCCGGCCGCCACCUUGGCUUCCUGUUGGCAUCCAGCCGCUCUACCGCCCUGGUCAGUUUCGUUUGGGUGAUGGAUGAGUUCCACCCCUUUAUUGAGGCACUACUCCCCCACGUCCGGGCCUUCGCCUACACCUGGUUCAACCUCCAGGCCCGCAAGCGCAAGUACUUCAAGAAGCACGAGAAGCGCAUGACGAAGGACGAGGAGCGGGCCGUGAAAGACGAGCUCCUCAACGAGAAGCCGGAGGUCAAGCAGAAGUGGGCGUCCCGCUUGCUGGCCAAGCUGCGGAAGGACAUCCGACCGGAGUACCGGGAGGACUUCGUCCUCUCCAUCACGGGCAAGAAGCCCUCCUGCUGCGUGCUCUCCAACCCCGACCAGAAGGGCAAGAUGCGGAGGAUCGACUGCCUCCGGCAGGCCGACAAAGUCUGGCGGCUGGACCUAGUGAUGGUCAUCCUCUUCAAGGGGAUCCCCCUGGAGAGCACUGACGGGGAGCGGCUGGUCAAGGCCGCGCAGUGCACGCACCCCAUCCUCUGCGUCCAGCCUCACCACAUCAGCGUCUCCGUCAAGGAACUCGACCUCUACCUGGCGUAUUUCAUCCGAGAGAGAGAUUCAGAUCAAAGCAGCAGUCCAAGGACGGGAAUCGGCUCUGACCAGGAGGACAGCAAGCCCAUCAUCACAUUGGACGCGACAGAUUUCCAAGAGAACUUCGUCACGUCCGGGGUGUUCAGCGUCACAGAGUUGAUCCAAGUUUCCCGGACGCCGGUGGUGACGGGCACAGGGCCAAAUUUCUCUCUGGGGGAGCUGCAGGGGCACCUCGCCUACGACUUGAACCCCUCGAGUACGGGGAUGAGGAGGACGCUCCCCAGCACGUCCUCCAGCGGGAGUAAACGUCAUAAGUCCGGCUCGAUGGAGGACGACCUGGACGGCAGCCCGGGGGGCGAAUACUACACGUCGCCCAGCUCUCCCACGAGUAGCAGCCGCAAUUGGACGGAAGAUAUGGAAGGGGGCAUUUCCCCGAAAAAGCAAGACAUGGACAAGUCUCCCUUCAACAGUCCGUCUCCGCAAGAUACUUCGCCCCGGCUGAGCAGUUUUACACAACACCACCGUCCUGUCAUCGCCGUACACAGCGGUAUCGCCCGCAGCCCUCACCCUUCCUCUGCGCUGCAUUUCCCCACCACCUCCAUCCUGCCCCAGACGGCCUCCACUUACUUCCAACACACAGCCAUACGGUACCCGCCACACCUGAACCCUCAGGACCCUCUGAAAGACCUCGUCUCGCUGGCCUGCGACCCGUCCAAUCAGCAGCCGGGACCGUUAAAUGGAGGUGGCCAAGUGAAGGUACCCGGGCAUUACCUUUCCACCCAGAUGUUGGCGCCGCCUCCCCCGGGUAUGCCCCGCCUGGCAAUAUCACCCGACACCAAACCCAUCGCGACAACUUCCGAGGGAGGGACCACUUCGCCGACGUCUCCCACCUACUCCGCCCCAGGCACACCCCCUGCGAACCGCUUCGUGGGACUAGGACGCGACCCCGGCAGCAUCUAUCAGGCACAGUCCUGGUAUUUAGGUUAACCGCAGCUUUCAUUUGGACCUUCAUCUUCCUCACCCCUCACCCCCCCUCCCGGGCUUUGGGCUUCCUCCGAGGAGAACGAUGCACCCCCACUCCCAACCCCGGCUCAAACCUUGGUGGCAGCGCGGAGAGAGGGACAACGAGGGAAUUGGCUUCAGGAGCCCUUGGCACCGCGGGAGGAAGGUCUAAACUUUUGCAAAAUGUUUUUAAAAACGAACGAAGAGAAGACUCUCCCUCCCCACCACCUGCCCGGCCCCCAACCCCGUCAGACGAGUCAUGGGGGCCAGAAAGAAACACUACUUGGAUAGAGGACGUAUCACCCCUUCGCGCCUCGUGGCCAACCCACCUGCUGCGUUCUCAAAAGGGAUGUUAUAUGCAAAAUGUUCCUGAUCUUUCCCACCCCUUCUCUUGGGAGUAAGGGGUGGAAAAGAGAGAGACUAGAUGGGGGGGGGGUAAUUCCUGGCCUGCUGCCGACCCCUCGAGCACCUUCCCACCCCCCUCCCCUUUCUUCUCUGGAGAAGACGGAGCGGCACGCACGAGGCGGACUGCGCAACGGAUCCCCGCGACGCGUUGAGAUGGUGGAGGUAGCAAACCCCCUCUCCUGCGAGAGAGAAAAGCUGGGCGCCUUUUAUGCUGUGCCCGUCCCCCCCCAUCCCUCCCCCCACAAAAUAACCUACGCUUUGCUUCCCCGUGAGCGUUUUCUGCCCGCGGCACCCAGCGCAUGACAGGGUGCUUGGCGAGGUUUCUUCAGCGGAGGAAUGGAGCGCGUUUUCGCGGCUGCGCUCUUUCCCCCAGCAGGAUGCGUAAAAGCGCGUUUGGAAGAUGCCAUCUUUUGGGAAAGGGUUGGGAGGGGAGGGAAGGGGAGGAGGCCGGAGGCAGGGUUGGUCUGGCAAAAGGGGCUGUCUGUUGUGGGAUAGACCCGAGCCACGUCCACACAGGCAGAGCGCAACCCUGGAGCAGGUGGAGUCCAAACGCUGCGCGUGCAAAAAAAAAAAACCCAACCCUGCAGAGAUAGAAGGCGCCUUGGGUUGGGUUGGCGUGACGCGUCUUCUUCCAACACAGGGCAGAGUUGAACCCGAGGCCGAGAGAAUGGGUUCUUUGCCCGCUCUGCUCGGCCUGCGCGGAGUCUUGCCGGCCUGCGGGGAGUGGGGUUGCGGCUGGGGCGGCCGCCCGCAUCUCCCCUCAAGUCGCCACCUUUGACCACCCGCUCGGCAAAACCCCUUGGGAGGGGUGGGGGUUGCGAAAGGGUUUGCGUUGCGCCUUGAGGACCCCGUCCCUGGUUGGGAGGGCAAAGGGGGCUGCGGAGGGAUUUGCUCGAGCUGGUGGCCUCCUCCCCCCUCCCGCCCACCCUCCCUGCAAACCCCCCCCCAGCCCUUGUGUACAAAGAGCUAUGCAUGUUAUAGUUAAACCAGCUAUGUGAGGGGGUGGCGUGGAUGGCGACGGGGGGGUGGCUGUUAAUAAGGAUCGCACAUUAUUGUUAUUUUUGUAGGAAAUGCACUUUGAAGAGGAGAAAGGAAGAUGGGGACGGGAGGGAGUUCAUGUGCGGGGGGGGGGGAGGAGGUAAGGAAGGCCGUCUCCCUGUAGUGCUUUUUUGUUAUUCUUUGAGGGGGGGGGUCAAGAGGAAACCACCAGGGAGGCACAGAGUGGUGGUAAGGUGGGGCCUUAUCAGAGCGAGUCUUUCAGGACAAAAGAGCUAAAUCCAGCAGAGGAGCGGGAGGCGAUACCUUAUUUCAUAGCUGCCCCCUCCCUAAAGGACUCUGGUCAAUUUCUCCUUUCCCUCCACCCCUCCCCCCACCCCUGCCCGCAAGCCCCAGGCAGUGGAGCCCAGAAGCCAUCUUUGACUGGUUCAAGUGCCUACCUUUUAACGCGCCAGUCCUCCUCGCUGGGUUACAGAGAGAGCAGCGGCCGCGGGCGCGCAGGCCCCGAUCCGGGCCGAGCGGAACUGUAGUGCUCCGAGAGCAUCGCCCCCCACCACCACCACCCUCGACUCCCUCUUUUCCUAGCGAACACCAAAGCUUUAAAACACCACAGACCUGUUCUCCUCCCCUCCUUCGCAGAAUUCGUAGAAUUCCAGGGAGUCUGUGUGGCACCGCCGAUGCCGGGCCGCUCCAGAGUUUUCUGCCAAGUCGGAGGGGGGAGGGCACCACCGUCGCUUCAGAAGGGUCCCUCCUCUUCAGCAAAGCGGAGAUCCUUCAAAACGACCCCGGGGAGUUUCCCUUCCGCGUGUUCGAAAGCCGCCAUCGAGGGGUGUGCGAGGAGCAAGAGGGCAUUGCGGCCGUCAUCCUGCAACGGCCGCCCAAGCGGACCAGCUGGAAAGGACACAUGGAACACUCAAGAAAGGAGAAGGAAGUUUUGGAAGCCGCAAACCACACUCCCUAGUUUGGAAUCCAGCGCCACCUGCAAGGCCGCAGGCUCCCUGCCUGCCCUCUCCAAACUAUAGUUCCCAGCGUUCGUUGGGGGAGAAGCCAUGGCGGUUCUCCAACUGGUACAAAAGAGAUGGAUGUUUUUGCACCCUAGAUGUAUCCGAGGAAGAACCCAGAUGGCAUUUUGAUCCUCUCCAGGACAACAGAAUCUCUACUCUCCCAGAAGUCUCGAAUCUGUUCCCGUCUCCUAGCUUAAAGAUCUGAGAUGUGAGGGGGGUGUUUCUGGUUUUUAUAUUUUAUCGUAUUUUACUGCUGGGCCCAAACCGGUUUGUGGCGCACCCGAUCUCCUUUGCCCAGGAGUCUCUGAGCCUUCAGAUGUACAAAAAGGAAAAGAAGGAGAAGACGAAGAGUUGCGAGCUUUUGAGAAAAGGUGCUGACCUUUCCAGUGGGAGCUCCUUCGGUCGAAACAGCAGAGGUUUUUGGGACCUUUGACCUUCCGCGGCGGAUUCCCAGGAGGACUUCCCCCUGUUCCCGGGAUCUUCUGUCUUCAGUCCAGCUUCGCGGCCGGAGAGCUUGGGGCCGCAGUGCCUGUCGCCCCUCUGAAUGAUGCUUCCGACGUCGUCGCUCGCGACUUCUCCUCAGGGGCUGUGGCUUCUCCGCCCACCUGGGGCUUGCGUUUGCAUAUGCAAAAACCCACCUCCUCCCCGACCCUUCCCCUUCCUCCUCCGAGGCCAAGGGGGGAGGGGGAGACACUUUGCUAGAUAACCCCACGCCCCACCCCCACCUCCAGGGGGCAGCGUUUGGUGGAAAGGGAGGGCGGUUUCCAGCGGCUCUUGUUUACAUCUCUGCACCUUUAUAUAAUGAGAAAUGUCGACGCCAGGUUUAGCCAGUAGUGGGUGGGAGCAAGGUAGCCCACCCCACAACCCCGUGUCCCCCCCCCAAAAAAAAACCCCACCAUGGGCUUUCUCCAAGCUGACAUUAAACCACAUAGUUGGUUAUGAGGGUCUUCCCAUGGGGGGUUGUUAUUAUUUUUUAAAUGGGAAUCCUAAAGUGUAUAUUUGCAAUUUCCAGAAGGAAUCGAGAGAGAGAGAUUUUUUAACCCUUUACCACUAUAGACUGCAUGGUGCUUUUGGGACAGGAACUCAUGUGACCUAGCUCAACCAAUCAGCUGGCUGAGAAUGCGUGCAUGGCAAGAAUACAUAAGCCCCGCCCCCUCGCCUUUCCCCCAAACUUGGCUCCGCAUCUGAGGAACGAAAUGGGGGGGGGAGAGAAACCCACCGCUCCCUUCCCGCCUCGCCCCCCCUCCCCACCCUAAUUUGCACGAGAGAAAAAAAACAAAACAAAAAAAGAGAGAGAAAGAUAAUGUUUUAUACCACAUAAUGUGCCUUGCCUUCUACAGAAAAAAAAAUGUAUUAACUUUAAUGAGAUUUAAUGCACAGAUCUGUUUGCAUGCUUUUAAUGCGUGUAUGGGGUGGGGUGGGGAGAAAAGGGGGAGGUAUACAGGGUGGGGGGGACUUAUUGCCUUUUAAAAAAUAAAAUUAAAAAAAAUCAGCAUUACGGACGGGGUCGCGGGAGGGCAAAUUGCAAUGGAGGAAGGGAAACGAGGGUUUUCGAUUGUUUUUAAUUCUUUUCUUUCUGUGUUGAUCCGGAAGUUUCUUAAAGAGGCCGUGGGGGGGGGAGCAGAGAUGGCUUUGAGGGGGUUCGGUGUCCUGGGCUUGUGCAAAAAGGUGGGGCACAUUUCGUGCGAGGGACGCAGCACACGGGUUCAAGGGGGUGCGGGUUCAUUCUUCUCCUGCGCACAAAUGCACACGAGGCGCAGGGGCAGUUGUACCCCCCUUUGUCCCUAGAGAGGGUUGCCCCCCCCCCGCACAAAUUCCCCUCCACGGAGGGAGAGGGCCGGAGAGGGUCACACGCGCCCAACCCCACCUCUUAGGACUCAACAGGUUUGGCGGUUUUGUGCCUUUGCCACAACCUGCCUCACCUGUUGAAGCAGAGGCAACCGCGGGGGCGACAAGGGCGGGUGAAUUGGGACCGCUCUCAAACGGCUUUCGGCCCUCGGGGGCCACACAGGAUCAUAGAGUUGGAGGGAACACCACAGGGUCAUCCAGCCCCACCCCCUGUAGCGCGGGACUUGAACCCACAACCCUGAGAUUCAACGUCUCGCGGUCUGCCGACGGAGCUCGCUUUGGAUGUUUGUAGCAUGUACAGAGUUCUGCUGGGACUCCUUUGAUGGCCAGCAAGUCUGGGGUUUUUUUUUGGGGGGGGUCGCCACACAUUUCAAAGCGAUUGAUUUCUCUGAGGUAGCUUUGUGCUGGGAGUCACCAAGGCAGAGCUCAGCGUGCCUGCCGGGAACUCGCCGGGCGCCCGAAAAAGGUCUCGGUAAAUAUCCCCUUUUAAAAGAAAAAAAAACCCCAAAAUGAGAGGCUGUUUGCUGUUCCCGCUUAAGUCCUGUUUGCACUGGCUCAGCUUCUCCCUCAGCGAAUCAUAGUAUUGUAGAGUUGGAAGGGCACCCCAAGGGUCCUCUAGUCCAGCCCCCUGCAAGGCAGGGAUCACAGCUAAUAAUAAUAGUAAUAGUAAUAAUUUUAUUAUUUGCACGCCGCCCCAUCUGACUGGGUUUCCCCAGCCCAUGCGGCCAGCUCGAAACAGAAUAUUAAAAACACCCUAAAAUGUCAAAAAAAAUUCCCUAAACAGAAUCCCUGGCAGAAGGCCACGCAACUUCAAUUUUGAAACCCUCCAAGGAAGGAGAGUCCUUUCCGAGGGAGGCCAUUCCCCUGUCUAACAGCUCUUGCCAUUUCUCCGAAAGAAAGUUGGAGGUCUCUGAGCCCGGAUGAGACGCAGGGUCUGUCUAGACCAGCAGUUCCCAAACUUUUCCCAGGAUUCCACCCCUUUCAUCCCAUAAUAAGCUCAUCUCCAGCGCCCGCCCUAUAUAAAAAAAAGCAUUCGAAUAUGCGGUUUGCAGGAGCAUAAUAACAGGAUGAAAUUCAAAGCAGUCACAAUUCAUCUCACACUUAUACCAAACCCAAUCAAAACUAUUGAGUUGAAUUAACUCAACAAAGCGAAUGAACAGUAUUGGUCUUUCAGUGCCCCUUGGCUGCCCCCUUGCCCCCUUCCAGAAUCUCGCUGACCCCCCCAGCGGGGAGAUACGAGCUUCGGGAAUCGCUGGCCUGCAGCAACCCCCCCCCCCAAAAAAACACUUGUCAACAGCAUUUGCAACAUGAUCGUCCCAGAUUGUCCCCCCGGGCACCCCAAAAGUGGGACCAGCCCGUCCCUUGCUAUUCGCCCCCAGUGUCUUUUAAGAUAGAUUGCUCUUGCCGCUUGAGGUUCCGCUUCACCAAAACUUUUAAAAAUACCCGUGGGUGGGGGUUGUUUGGGGGGGGGAGAAGCUGGUGUACUAAGACUGAGUGUAGACACACACACACCCGGAGAGACAGACAAUGAGAAUUUGAAUCCUGCGCAGCCACCCCCGGUCAUUGCCAACAUGGGGCGGCAGAAACGAUUUCCUCCCUGCCCACCCAUCAGCGGCAACAAAAUUAAAUCGCCCUGCCCAUUGGAAGAGUUGGGCUAGGCUUGAAUUCUGCAAAUCUUGACUUCUGCUUUCUGAUAGAUCAAAGUUGGCAAGCGUGGCAGAGAAGGACUGGUUGGGGCUUUUGGGGGGGGGGGUUUGCAAGGAAUCCCUGGAGAGCUUAUUCCAGCCCCAACUUCCUUUUUCCCCUUGCAUUCGACAUUCGGUCUCUGGAGUAGAUAGAGGGAGGGUCAAGCAUAGGUGUGUGCAUGUUUCAAAGCGGGGCGAGUUCCAGGCAAAUACCGUGAGGUUCUAGGUUUUUUUGGGGGGGGUGUUGUUUGUUUCAACAGAAAGGUCUUUACAUGCUCUAGGUUGCAAGCAGGCCAGCUAACUCCUCCUGCAGGCAGGCAGCGCAGGGAGGGCGUUUGAGAGCAGAAGAGGGUGCUCGCCGCCUCUCUGAGCGAGUCGCUGCUGGCUUGGCUGUCUUCCAGUCCCUGUUUGGUUGGCUUGGUCUGUGCCUGCAAUACUGCUUGGGGAGGGGGGGUGGCUGGUGAGAAUGGAAGAGGGAUGUGCCGGAUCGGGGCCCGAGCCCUGCUCUCAACUGGCCUGUCCUUGGUGGGAGUGAGGCGAUGUCAUCCUUUCAGAGCCCAGGCCCGGCAGAAUAAAAUUAUCUCCUAGGAGAAGCCGUGCCCGGUUCAGUGACUCAUGCAGAGAGAGAACAGUAGACUCCUCUGAAGACUGCUUUGCACACCCUAAAACUAAACAGCCAAGGGCAUGAUUUUUAAGGUGGGUUUUGCUUUAAUUUAUCUCUUUUGAAAAGUUUAUCAAAGGUAGGGAAGCAGAAAUUUGUGCGCUAGCCGUAUCCGUUGCCAUCUUUCGCUUGCUUCCGUUCGUUUUGAGCAGGUAGGAGGGUGGCUGUAGUUUGAAUGUUUUAUAAAAAGGGGAAACUAGAGGGGAAAGAGGAUAUUUCCAUGGCACCCGGCUUCCGGGAAAGCUCUGAGCGGGGACGUCUUUCCCAACAUCCCAGAAUACUACCUACUCAGGCUGCCAAAGCGAACAGCGGUCUUCCUUGUUUGGAGACCCCAAGAGAUUUUUAAAAACACAAUCCAGGAUCUGCAACACAUGGGUCAAAUUAGUCCUGCCUGGACUCAUCAUGAGAUCAGGUGACUGACAUGUCGACAGCCUCGCCCACUUAACCAUAUUUAGCUCUCUGCAGUAGAUACCUAUUCACACCAAUGAAAACUGGCACACUGUUGAAUCCAAGAUGCCCCGGCCCUGCUGCUUGUCUCCAGCCCUUCCCAGGGAUGGGUAAGAAAUUUGGCUCAGCUCGCAUUGAAAUGCAGAGCUAUUAGAUUCGCCCUUCCCGAAGGAAAACCGAAACACACCUGCCUUCCGAAAUUUGCAUUGACCUGAAUUUUGCAAGCACGGUUCUCCAGCCAUAGAACAUAUUGCCAAAAAAAAAAAAAUUAAAAAAUGCAUUAAACGAGGAGGGGGACGGCUCACGAAAAUGUGCGCGGCAGUCAAAAACCGCGUGUAGUAGAAAUGUGUUCGGAUAAAUUUGCAUGAAAAAAUGCUGGCGAAUUUUCGUGAGGGCUUUUUAUUUUGGGUGAAUUGCUGCAAAAAGCGGAGAACUGAAUCUAAGACCGGGGGGGGGGGGGGGAGAGAGAGAGUGUGUAAGUGAUCCUUCCUUGCCAGGGAGCAAUAGAUGUAGGGUGGAAACGCUGUUUUAAAAACCCUAACGUUGUCAAGGUAAGACAAUUAACCAGGGUGCACUAGCCACAUUGAUGGACGUCAAUGCACUUUCAGGUUAAGAAUAUUCUGUAGGCAAGAAAGGCAGCCAGCACGUUUGCAAAGCUAAGCAGGGUCCGGUGUGGUUUCAAACUGGAUGGGGAACCAUGUGUGGAGAGUCUGGCAUUGCAGAGGACUCUUGGGGUCCCUUCUAACUAUAGGAGCCAACUCCUAGGGGCCGAGGUCCCUUUGGGGGGGGCAAUAAACUGUUUGAGGGGACCGCCUCUCCCCAAAAGUUGACGGGCCUCGCCGUUCAAAUGGUGCGUCUUGCGAUCAGUUAUGCAAUCGGUUAUACUUACUUCCCCUUCCCCAAUAUUUUAUUCAUGUUGACACCCCAGCUUCCAACUCUAUGAUUCUAUAAUUCUACUGGAUCCAUCUACACCCACCCCCCAAAUGCUUAAAAAAAAGUCCACCUACUUAUUAUUAUUAAAAAGCACUUAAUUUUUGGUCUGCUGGUUUAUUGACCAGCAACUAAUGGAAGAGGGAUCUAAAAUAAAAUAAAAUAAAAUAAAACAAAGCACCUUAUUUACUAACCACAGCCCAGGCAGCCGUCACAGAUUUCGACUUCUUCUCCCAAGGUGGUGCCGCUGGAGAGAGAACGUCCUGCCCCCCCCCAACUUCCCACUGACCUACACAAUUCGUACUUGCAGCCCCAGAAAGGACAGCUUUGUGUCGUUUGCAGGGACUUGUGACCGCCCAGAUGUCUCUGAACUGCAAUUACCAUCUGCCCUGACCAUUAGGCCAUACUGCCCGGGGGGGACUGUUGGGAAGUUGGGGCCAAUGGAGUCCUCCCAUCCUUUGCCGCAAAUCUACAGGCUGCAAAUGGGAGUUUCUCCGCAGAGCAGAGGCUUGGGCGUAAACGCAGAAGCUUCGCAGGUGUGAAGAUUUUACCUUUUCCUGGCAGGUGGUGGCUUUUAACCCUUCCCUCCGUGUUUCCUGCUUGGCCGCUGCCCCCAAAAGAAAUCAUAGGCAGAUUGUAAAUACAGCUGGAGAUUGCCGGGGAUUGAGCCUGCAACCCUUUGCAUGCAAAGCUAGAGGCUUCCCCUAAAAACCACGCAUUAUUCUAGUCCUCAUUGUCCUGGGUGAAGGGUUGGUUUAAGUAGAAAGCUGCUUUAUACUGAGUUGGGCCCCAGGGCCAUUGAGCUCGGGACCGCCUACACUGGCUUGCAGCAGCUCUCCAGUGUUUCAGAGAGCCUUUCCCAGCCCUGCUGGGAACUGCCGUCAGGGAUCAAACCUGGAAUCCUCUCCAGGCACUCUGGCCCUGAGCUGAGACCCAGAAAACAGGGCCUCUAAUCCUAAACCACCACCAGCCCAGCCUCCUGCAUUGGCUGAAGAGGGAAAAAGUGAGGCGGUUUGCGCCGAGAUUCUCCCCACCUUUUAAAAAUAACAUUAAGGCGUUUGGCCGCAUUUCCGCGAACACAAAAAAAAAAAACCUUAGACACAACACACAGAUAAAGAGACUUGCAGCAAUCACAUCUAUGCAACCCCAUUGCAGCUGCUGCACUUAUUGAUUCAUUUCUGGCACCCCCGGGUGGGAACAGGCAGUCUUAAGAGAGGAGGACGAGUGUGCAAUUGUUCCAAGGCAGAAAACUUUUUUUAAAAAAAGGAGGAGGAGGAAGGGGGCGGAACCACGGGAACCGUAAACGGAAUUGGGAACUAAGUUAGAGGGUGGGGAGAGAGGCAGCUCUUUAUAGGGGAGCAGGAUGAGCGGUGACCCCCGUCGCCUGGAGGCGAUUUCCGACUCUCCCCAGGCGAGCUGCCGUCGGCGAAGCAGCUCUCUGGACAAUCAGGGAGGCGAGGAAGGGGGGAGGCUACAGGAUGAAGGGCGGGUGGCAAGAAGGAAACCCUGGGGUGUUUUGGGGGGCAUCCCAUCCCGCUUCCCCAUAUAAUGUGUGUGGGGUGCUGUGGCCUUCCGACAGCUCCUGAAUUGAAUUGCAUCCUCGAUGCUGUGAGAGUCCGGACACAUAGGGAAGGCUGCCUGUUCUGAAGAAGCAUUCCCCUUUCGUGGGAGAGAAUGCUUCUUCGGAAUAGAGGCAUUCCUCCAUCUAUCGUGUGCAGCGGGGGAAUGUUCCUUCGAGCAAGGACAGGAGGUCCCCUUGCCCUGGUCCUCCAGGGACACGCCAAGCUCCCAUUGCCCCUGACCGUCGGCGACGAGAGCUUCCCCGCAGCGCCAUUCAUACUGUGGACUCUACCCGAGGAAGUCUACUCCCACUUCUAUGCAAGGCACACGCUCGGUGGCGCCCUCUUGCCUUCCUCAUGCACUACAAUUUUUUUAUACUUUUGGGGUGGUUGUUCGAAAGGGCCCCGCGGGAGCAGAGGGGAGAGAAAUCGUGUACAAAAUAUUGUAUUUACCUUUAUGGUGCUAUGUCGGGGGGGGGAGUUCUGGCCGCCCGGGUGAUGCGGUGACUCGCAUCUGAUGUGUCACUAUGUGGGUGCCUCCACCCUCCCGCCCAAAAUUGCUUCUCGGCCCCCGACAAGGCGAUUUCGUUAAAACAAUAGGUCCUUCCCCCCCUUUCUUUCUUUCUUUUAAAUGGGUUUGGCCGGAGUCUAAACUGACAAUCCUUCCUUGGAAGCCAGGAUAAUCUCGCAACGUGGCCGGGGUGGGGAGCACUGUGUAUAUAUAUCUAUAUCUUUUUUAAAAAGAAAAAAAACCUUCUUUUGCAAUAUAAUUUUAUUAAAUUGCUGCUGCUUUUUUUGUUUUUGAAAGGAAAACACACACACACACCAGCUUCUUUUAACUUGCACAUUUGUGGAUUCGAGGUGGGGGGUCCUUUCCCCCCCCUCCACAAGAUGCUGGGGGAGUGGGGUUGUCCGAGUGAAAAUUAAGAAGCGGUGGGUUUUGAGUCGAUUUAGGGUUUUCCGUUGUCCUCAAAAGGUCUGAGAUGGUGUUGUUGGGGGGGGGGGAGACACCGCAAGCGUUCCCCACAAAAAUAUUGGCAAGCUGAUGGAAGCUGCCGUUUGACAACGGCCGGACACGAGGCUUGUAGGGUGAGACUAUGUCCCAGUAACAACCCCCAGCUUCUGCCCCCCAUGUUUAUGUCAGGAGAGCCUCAUCCCCAGAUUUCUCCCAGCUUCCUUCCAAAACAAGCCGCUUCUGAACUGAUUCGGCCUGUGAAAUGCUGACGGAACCGCUCCGAAUCCGGUUUAGCCGAGGACGCCGAAAAAAGACAAUGCGGUGUGGGAGUGGGAGGGAGGCACCACCAUCGCAGUCAGAAUCCGGAUUGAAACCGGAUUAAGAGUGGACGUGACAUUCGCCCUCCAACGCCAGUCGGAGGAGCGGCUGCUUGACUGCUCUGUCGAUCGCUGCAUCCGUUUCCCCAGACCCUGAGAGUUUGGGGGAAGUUGUUAUUUGUGGGGGGGGGGGCUGCCUUUCGAAAUAAGGUUUUUAUCGGGAUCAGUCGUGGUUUGUUUGUUUUUCCAGCCAUCUUUCCUUCUGGUAACACACCCAAGCUUCCCUGUCCUGUCUCGAACCUACAAGGUUGUGGCGUGUGCUGUGAUUUUCCGGGCGACUUCUGAUCCCCACUGGUCCCAUAACCUGUCGCCGGACAAUAAUACAACAAGGACAAUAACUGUAUACUCGCGCCAAGGAAACGUAAGCCAGCAGCAUUCUGGAAUACCAAAAAUAUAAUUUAUGCUGUGCCUAUGAAAUUUACUGCUGGACUGUGUUUCCUUGAGCCCUAAUCACCUAUCUACCCCGGGUAAUUUUUGCUCUUGUAAAUCUGUUGUGUUGCUAUUAUAUUAUCCCCGCCCCGCCCCCCAAUUCAAUACUGGGAAGAGAGAUCUGGCACCCCUCAUUCUACUUCCCUCCUGGCUGAUGCAGUGCUGUCAAGAUUGGCCGAGGGGUAGAUCGAGUGGGCGGGGCUUGCUUGAGGGGGAGGGGCCAGGUGGGCGGGGCUAAAUUGGUUGGCACGCCCCCCUCGCCCCUAUUACGAGUUCGGUCUGAUUCAGGAAAACUUGCAGAACUUUCCCUAAGCAAAGGAAUCCAAUGCAAUCGGAUCCAAAUCUAGCUAGAAGGCUGACUACACAAAACGCAUUCCAAGAAAUUAAAAAGAAAUUGCAGCUAUACAAAUGAAAGAGUUGGUAACUGUCCUUGACUACAAAUGAAACAAUGAUUUGACGCAGAUGUGAUUAGCAACCAUCAAAGAGUCAGGGAAGGGAAUUAAUUUGGUUCGCUUUUCAAUACGAUCAACCCGACAUCCUGCGGUCCUUCGAAAUCCAAGCAUCCUCAAACUUUGAAAGUGUCCUCAAACUUUGCAGUGCAGUCCUGCAAAUGUUGCCGUAUUUCAAGUUGUUUAGCUUUUGGGGGGGAAGUUGUUGAGUUUCAAGAAACCUGGACGUUUUGCCGAUUUCCCAAAAAAUUCCCACUGGACGCUAAUUUCGUCAUUGGAAUCCCGGGAAAAUCCUAUAGAUAUAAUGCACUAUAUUCCAGUCAGUUGUCUGUUAGGGGGAAAAUGCAUGGUUGAGACAAAAUUGCCUACAAAGCAACUACAUUGUUAUCUUGGUUUAAGAACAGUCCAGUUGAAGAACGAUUUGGUUUACAAACUCCGCAAAACCGGAAGUAGUGUCUUGGUUUGAGAACUCGGUCUACGAACGGAAUCCGAACAGUGGAAGCGCAGGAGGCCUCAUUAGGGAAAGCACACCUUGGUUUAAGAAUGGCUUUGGUUUAAGAACUGGCUUCUGGAAUGGAUUAAGUUCGUAAACCCAGGUACCACUGUAUAUUAAUAGGGGCAGAAAUGUGAGCGGGUUUUUAAAAGCAAACAGAUGCCGAAAUUGAAUUGAGCAGACCGGAUUUACGAUAGAGGGGAUAUAAGUAAGAGGAAACCAAGACUUGACAGAUUUAUCGGCCCGUACCUCAUUCUUCGACAGCACUGCCCAGCCGGGAUGUUGCCAUCCCCCAAGACCUUGAGCCACACUUUUCCGUUUGUGAAGUUUUAUCCUUUUGUGUUCAUGUUCCCUGUUGUCAUUGCGUAGUCUGGAAGAGGAGGAGGAGGAGGAGGAGGAGGAGAAGAAGAAGAAGAGGAAGGGAGCGUGGGGGGGCGGGUAACCGAGGCAAGAAUGUUUCUCAGAGUCGGGCCAAAAAUUCAGCUGGUGACGAUUCUCAUUUCCUUCAAUCUUUUAUUUCCCCCAAUCCCCUCUUUUUCCGUAUAUCUGACCCAAGGUUCGUUUUCUUCCCAUCGGUGAAGCGCAAACACACUUCUGUCGUUUAUAUUUUACAGAUGUCGCAAUAAUAGUUUACUGCCUCUCGCUUGCUGCUUGCUAAGUUAACGCACGUAUACGCAGUGUUGCCCCCCGCCGGGAGGAGUGAGCUGGGACCGUUUCCUGGCUAAAGAGGAAAUGGAUCUGGCCUCAGGGGCGUCUCGUCUACACCGCAGCCUUAAACUGGUUUAGCGGCUGGCCCUUCUCUGCUGGGAACAGUGGGUUGCACAGAACCCGACUCAGAGUAUAGGUGUAUUGGAAAGUUGCAUCUGGAACUGAUGGGCCCUUUGCGUCAACCCCAUCCUUUCGUUCCUCAAGGAGUCUACUCUGAGCACAACGAACUUUUGAACCCGGCCCUGUCAUGCUGCAAGCAGGGAUCGUCAACCCACAGUUCCCAGGCGUCCGGCUAAACUAUGGUUCCCAAGGUUCAUUGAGCGACUGGGGUUUGUGUGGAGGUGUCGAUAUACAGCGUAGACGUACCCAAGGGAACGAAAUAAUCUCGGUCCGCCAACACAGCAAACUGCAGUUCAUCCCUCCUCAUUUCAGCCGGGCUCACCAUGGCCUCCCAUUCACUCACAUGCACACACAGGCUUGCUUUUCUCCAGUGCUUUUCACAAUAUUUGAUUCUAGCAUUCGUCAUACGCCUACUGUUUUUUGUUUGUUUGUUUGUUUAGCCAAUGCACUUUCCUUCCUUCCUUCCUUCCUUUUUUUUUUUAAAUGUACCAUUAUCCGAAAGCCGGCUCUGGUUUUCGUUCCUUUUCUCUUCAACCCCCACCCCCUAUGCAAAAGGAAGAAAAAAAAUUCCAAAAGGACAAUUAAAAAAAUAAGAAAAAAAUAAGAAAAAGGGUGAAAAAAAAUAAGAAAAAAGUUGCAAAAAAUGAGAAAAAAUGUAUAAAAAUUAAAUAAGCUAUGCUUUCAACUCUC